AUGCCACUCGGUCUUCACGCCGAGCGGGCCUCGCGCAAACUCAAAGGAAACGUAUCACUAUUAUCAGCAUCAUCAUCAUCAUUCCAACGUCGCGAAGCCUUAAACUCAGUCGCAAUCUUGGCGGACGAAUUGAGGAAGACGGCUAACUACCACGAAUUUAUUGACUCGACUUUCCUUAUGAACAACGACAAAGACUGCUCUAAAGAGGUGGCGGAAUGGUUAUUGAAAAGCAGCGACGAGGAUGAUGAUAAUUUGACGUUCGAGAGAUUCGCUCGCACCUUGAUUCGCGUGUAUUGGCAUCUCCCGCAAAACUUUGCUUCGAGACACAAAAAAUCCAUCCUCCUCGGUUUCAGUCGGUAUUUCAAUAUCGACACCAAAAACAAUAAUCAAAAAAGCUCAUCAUCAUUAUUGUCACCACAAGCGGUCUCUGUUUCAAACGUACUCUGCGAAGAGACGCGAGCGUAUCUCGAUGCAUUUCUAGAGAAACUUGAGGAUGUGAGCGCUGAUGCAGCAUUGGAGUACGUGCCUGCGGUUUCCAUGCUUUUGUCCUUGUACGCCAGAACAGAACGCCGCCAGCGAAAGAAAGAUGACGACACUACUACUAAAAAUAGAGUAGUACCAGUAUUCAACGCUGCACUCGAUGAUAACGCACAUUUGAUGAUACGACUAUGCAAAUGGAUUCUUGAUACAGUCAUGAAAGAUAUUAAGAAUGGGAGAAACGUGUCAAAUGUUGCCGCGUGUACAGACGUCGCCACGUUGACGCAAAGACUAUUGAGAGAUUUUUGUCAAUGCGAAGGUGCUGAAAAAGAAAAGAGGAACGCUAACAACAGAGCGAUUAUAAAAGAACGAAUCGUAUUGAAUACACUUUUUGAUGCGUUGGAAUUCAAUAUUUUUGGCGGAACUUCUAUUGGAACCGCGCUAGCGGCACAUCUCUUGGAUAAAAUAAGCGAUGACGAUACGGGUGAGGAGACUACGACGAGUGAGCAGCAAAUCGCGGCGGCGUUUGGAUUCUCUAGUACUAAAUACGGAGACACAGCACAUGUUGGCAAUGUGAGCAUGUCGUUACAGUUUUGUAAUCACGUGGAAAAGCAAUCGAAUCUAGCACUCGCGCACUUUCUUAGAGGAUUUGUCGUCGCUCUUGCUCCAGAAGUGUUAUCGUCAUCGACUUCUCGUCUCGCUAGGGAUGUUUUCUUUCCAUUGGUGCUAACUAUUUUAGAGCGCUGUGAAGAUCCACACGCGAUAUUUCACGCAAUAAAUGCAAUCACGACGUUAUUGCAGAGACUUAUUGACGCUGAAAUUUCUCGAGACGACUCUUUUUUUGCUUUGCUACGUCGCGUUUCGCAGGCUCUCCUUUCACGAUGGGACGACAUUAAUACAACUGCUUCGACUACGAAAGAGAUUGCGUGUGCGUUUGAUGCUCUGUGCGAUUGUGCUUUCGGGACUGACAAGAAAAAGUUUGACCCAAGCGGCAUGCGUUGGGGUCUGGAAACCUUUCAGAGCAUAUUAAAUCUUACUUUUAAUGCGAAUGGUGGCGCCAGGAAAUCACGGUUCAAACCACUCUCCGCGCUCGCAAAACGGCUCGGAUCGCGCGCCAUAAUGGGAAUGCGAACGACAAUACUUUCAGAUGUUUUGGAUGUCAUGUCAAACGAUGAUUCGCUCGGCCCAUCCGCAUCCUGGCUUCUCAUUGAGCUUUCAAAGUCAUACCGCGUCGAAGAAAGAUCAUUUUCCAUCAGCUGGAAAAGAUGGUGGACUGACGCUUUGUUUCCGUUUUUUAUUCAGCCUGAUGGUAAGAAAAGGAGAAGCGUUGCAACGCACGCUCUCUCGAUCGCUUUUCAAGAGGAGUACGGUGGAGAUUCUUCUUUUGCCGCGGAGCUCGCUCGAGAAGUUUUGAGUUUCGGCGACGGAAGCAAAAGUUUCAGUUCUCAUCUCAGAGCGGGCGCAAUCGUCACCAUCAUGAGAGCAGCUCGAAACGCACAACUUUGCGACCCAAAACUUUUUGGUCGCAUUCGCAGCAAAGUUGUUAAAAGCUUGAAUAACAAGAGAGAACGCAAAAAGGAACGAAAAGAAACAUUAUCCAAGGGCGAAACGCUGCACCCAGAAACAAAUAAUGCACGCAGUUACGAUGACGAAGAAGCUGAUGGAUCGUUUUUUGACGUAUCUCACUCGAUGAUUGAAACCGCAGCGUUGAGUUCGUGCGAAAUUUCGCGCACGGAUGCAAUGGAACUAUUGUGUUGGGAAGGGAAGGGAAGUUCUCAAACACUCCCAGGCGCUCAGGAGUUGGCACUUUUGAAGCGAAUAUUACCGCAUCAUCUGCGCGGGUACGUUUUGAAUCUGAUUUUCUAUAUUUUCAGUACAGCGCGGUGA